AUUAUUUAUAAAACACAAUAUCUAUACUUUGAACUAAUUUAAAUAGAACUCCAGCAAACCAUGCAAUCUGACACAAAUUUGCUGCGGCUAUAAGCUGUAAGUGUAAAGCGAGGAGCACACACUUUUGCAUAAGCGCAUAAGCAUAAACAUAAAGAAAUUGAUUGGUUCACAAAUGUAUGCAUAAGAAAAUGAACCAAUAAAUUUCCUUAUACUUAUGGUUAUGCGCUUAUGCAAAAGUGUGUGUUCCCCGCUUAAGGUGUAAGCUGGACGUGGUUAUGUUAUAUCGAGGCAUCGAUGUGCAGUUUGAUAAUUCUGAUGUAUUUAUAAUAUCUAGGAUAAGUUGUUCUAUCUGUUUUAAUUGUGUUUUAUAUAAUAUCGAAUAUCCGGCACUUUUUUAUAUAACCUCUGCAUAUUUUAUUUAUAUAUAAUAGUGAUUUGAAUCUUUAGUUAAAUUUUGAAUUAACUUUUUGUUGAUAUGAUGUGAAUAUAUAGUAGUGUAUGAAAAUUAGUGAAAAUCUAUCCUUUGCAGUACAGAAUGUACAUAAUUUUAUAUUGAAACAACAAUAUCAAGAUAUUAAUGUGAAUUGAUACAUGUAACACAUAUUUUCUUAUGAAAAUAAAUUAAUCAAUUCAAUAAUGUGGUGUUAUUUUUGCAAGAAAAUACUUGUAAACAAUGUUAAUACAAUCUGUAGAAGAACAUCUACUGUUGCAAGUGUUGACAAAAACGCCAAUGAACUUGUACUUUUGGGUCGAAAAUAUGUGACAGAUGAUUGGACAAAUGUCACACCGAGCAUUAUAGCUAAAUUAGAAAGAAACUUGCAUGUUAAACAAUAUCAUCCACUGUCACUCUUACGUCAGCGCAUUGUAAACUAUUUUUAUGGACAGUUUCGCGGUAAGAGCGGAACACCGUCCUUUAGUAUAUAUGACAAUAUAUGUCCUAUAGUGACAGUUGCUCAAAAUUUUGACUCUCUUCUCGUACCGAAAGAUCAUCCAAGUAGGAAGAAAACUGAUUGUUAUUUCAUAAAUCAAGACACAUUGCUGAGAGCGCACAUGACUGCGCAUCAAGCGGAAUUAAUUUCGAUGGGAUUGAAUAAUUUUCUUGUCAUUGGAGACGUAUACAGACGUGAUGAAAUUGAUAGUACGCAUUAUCCAGUUUUUCACCAGAUUGAUGCAGUCAGAUUGCGUACAUCGGAAGAAAUAUUUUGCAACAUGAACAAUUCUGAAAGUGUCAAACUAUUUGAGCAUAGAGGAAUAGAAAAUGCUGAGAAGCAGGGUUGUCAUACCUUAGAAGUGGUGAAAAUAAUGGAGCAGGAAUUAAAAAAUACCUUAGUUAGCUUAGCACAAAUUAUAUUUGGCAAAGAGGUGCGAUGCCGAUGGGUUGAUCAAUACUUUCCAUUCACCCAUCCAUCAUGGGAAUUGGAAGUAUUCUAUAAUGACAAAUGGCUCGAAAUAUUAGGCUGUGGCAUUAUGCGCCAAGAGAUUCUCCAAAAAUCCGGUGCUGUAGAUCGAAUCGGAUGGGCAUUUGGUCUUGGUUUGGAACGUUUGGCCAUGUGCUUGUAUAAUAUUCCUGAUAUAAGAUUAUUUUGGAGUAAUGAUGCAGGUUUCUUGAAUCAGUUUAAAGUAGACAAUCCAAAUGCACAUAUACAAUACAAGCCUAUCAGCAUAUAUCCUCCUUGUACAAACGAUAUAAGCUUCUGGUUACCACAAGAUAGAAGUUACUCUUCCCAAGAUUUCUAUGACAUAGUUAGAGAAAUAGGUGGUGAUGUCAUUGAACAAAUUUUACUGAAAGAUGAAUUCACCCAUCCAAAGACUAAAAAGACUUCACAUUGUUACACUAUAGUAUACAGACACAUGGAACGUACUUUAACUCAUAAGCAAGUCAAUAAGAUUCAUGAGCAAAUAGCAAAAACAGUAAAUGAUAAACUUAAUGUAAUUGUUAGAUAAAGUUAAGAAUAAAUUUUUCCUAACAGAA